AUGCGCUUCUCUCUGACCAACGCAGUGGCAGCUGCCCUCACCCUGUUCGGCACCGCUGCCGCUCUCACUACCGGACCAUUCUACAUCACCAUCGUCCCUGAAGACGGAUCCGCGGCCUAUCCCGCCACCAUCGCCACCGUCUCCCGUGGCGCCCAGAUCCUCUCCUCCGCUCUCACAUACGACACCGAGUUCAUAUUCAACGUAACGGCUGACCGCCUGGUCAAGGCGGCCGAGACCAACCUCGCUCUUGGAAGCGGUGCCCUCACCGUUGGUGCUCCCCUCCUCUUUGCCCAGACCACGGGAGCCGCCCUUGCCCAGGUCACCAUCAGCGGCGAGACGUACCUGGUUCAGAGCGGCACGACCGACAUCAACCAGUGGUGGAGCUCGCCCACCACCACCGGCCUCCCGGUCGAGGUCGACUGGGAGGGACCCGGCUCCGACGGCGCCAACGCCGCUCUCAGGAUCGAUCUUACGGUCUAG